AUGGCGCCACCACAACAGGCCAUUGUCCUUGAAUGUGAUGGGACAGCCGGGGCGUCCGCCUACCAAGAAGCAAUCAACCCGCUGCCGGAUAGCUUCUGGGACCACAUUGUCAAGGGCGCCGAGGUCCAGGAUGCCAGCGCGAAACCAGGCGCUCACAAGAGACUGGACGGCGAGUUGGCCAACUACCAACUGAGAAUCCGACAGGCCGACCCUGCGGAGCUGGGUGUCGACAAAGUCAAGCAACUCAGUGGCUAUCUCGACGACGAUCAGCAGGACAAGCACCUGUUUUACUGGUUUUUCGAGUCCAGAAACGAUCCCGCCAAGGACCCUGUUGUUCUCUGGCUCAACGGCGGCCCAGGAUGCUCCUCAUUUGUCGGCCUCUUUGACGAGCUCGGUCCUGCCACCAUCCCCAGGGCUGAUCUGGGCCCGGUGAACAAUCCCUACUCCUGGAACUCCAACGCCUCCGUCAUCUUCAUCGACCAGCCAGUCAACGUAGGCUUCUCAUACGGCUCCAACAUCACCAAAAGCUCCCAGGCCGCAGCCAAGGACAUCUACGCCAUGCUCACGCUGUUCUUCCACCAAUUCCCCAACUACGCCGAGCGCGACUUCUUUGUCACGGGCGAAUCCUACGCGGGGCACUAUAUUCCCGCCAUCGGCGCCGAGCUCCUCUCCCACAACAACAGCAACAUCAACCUCAAGGGCCUGGCCAUCGGCAACGGCCUUACCGAUCCAUACAUCCAGUACCUGUACUACCGGCCGACCGCCUGUGGCCAAGGCGGUUAUCCCGCCGUCUUGUCUCCGAGCGACUGCCAGGCCAUGAUGGACGCCGAGCCCGAGUGUCAGCGGCUGAUUGGCACGUGCUACGACAAUCCGGGCGCAAAGGUCUGCUGGCAAGCGACAACCUACUGCAACAGGAACGUCAUGGGCAUCUACCGGAGAAACCCCAAAAACAACGUCUACGACAUCACGUCUCCCGUCGGCACCGGAAAGACGAGCUACGCCUCGCAGUUUCUCAGCUCGAACAGGACCAAGCAGGCGCUGGGAGUCGAGGCCAGCCGCGCAUAUUUAAAGUGCAACUAUAAAGUCUAUGACGACUUUGUUGGGGACGGCGACUGGAUGAAGCCUGCCCACCGGGUUAUCCCCGGUAUCCUGGAGAAGAUUCCGGUUCUCAUCUACGCGGGCGAUAUUGACUACAUCUGCAACUGGCUGGGCAACCAGGCAUGGACGCUCGGGCUGGAAUGGCCCGGAAAAAGCGCGCUCAACGCCGCCAAGCCCCAGGAGUUGCGUGCCAAGUCGGGCAAGAAUUACGGAAACGUACGAGCUGCACAGGGCCUGUCGUUGAUGCAGAUCUACAAGGCUGGCCACAUGGUUCCCGAGUACGAGGGCGAGGGCUCGCUCGAUUUCCUGAAUAGGUUUAUGGGAGGAGAGUGGUCAAGUAAGGCGCCUGGGGCGCAUUUGUCCCCCAAUAACAGUUGUAGUUGA